AUGACGUGAUUAAACCACGCCCACAUACAGGUAAGGGGCGGGGUUUAAUGUGAAACCUCGAGGUGAAACUAAUCCAUAAGCAAAACCAGAAGAAUCAUUCAAUCCAGUGGAGUAGUCAGGAGUCUUGUUGAUGUGAGAAAUGCCGGAGCGGCACCAUAAGACGAGGAACCAGAACUAUCCCGAGUCUGAAAGGAGAGAGCGGGACAGAGACUACAGGAGAGACAGGAGAACUGAGUCCUACAGGGAGGACAGGAGCACAGAUUAUCGUUACGAAGACAGAACGACGAACUACAGAGAACCUGAUCAGGAAGUAUAUACACCUUAUGAGUCAACAAAGGAAGAAGCUCUUUACAACCUAAAGUAUAUUCUUACAUCCAGAGGCCUUUGCCAGGGAGCACAGUUUGUCGUGAACUUGCUGAUUGUGAUUUGUGCCGGCGUUCCGUACAGCAACAAGGGUCGAUAUCAGGACAUCGCCAACCUGGGUGGACUCUACUACUACUACUAUGGCGGGGCUCAGGCAUUCACGGUGCAGGAAGCGGCGAAAGUAAACGAGCUGGACGACCUUUUCUAUAAGCUCAAGAUCCCUCCAUAUAUCUACAGCAUGGCAUGUGGUGGCGCGCUGAUGGUUUACGCGUUAAUCAUGCUGGCGCUCGGGGUGUUCCGUGUGCCCUACCACUACCCCGCCGUGCUUCUGCCCGAGGCCCUGCUGGACGCAGUGAUAAGCCUGGGGUAUAUCCCUGCGGUGGCCUUUUACUUCAUCAAAGUCAAAGAGACGUACAGUAACCCGAUCUGCAAGCAGAGAGAAGAGAUGUACAUGACCAAAAACAUCAAGGGUUACGAGUGCAGCCUGAGCGGGACGGACGUCGCAGGAGGCAUCUUCGGCGUGUUGGGCGUCUUCGUGUUCAUGCUGAGUGCCGUGUUUGCCGUGAGAGCGUUUAGAGCCGUCAGACAGAUGAAGCAGCAGAGGGAGGCAGAGAAUGACCGCUUCUAGACCUCUAAACACUACCACUGUAAAAUCGAUGGAGGAAGCACAGGGGAUCACUGGAUCAUGUUACCUGGGAACGUUUGUUACUCUAUGCUAAUUUUUAUGCACAUAUGCUGAUUUUUUAAGGAUUUUUACUUCACUACACUUUUUAUGUUUACAAUAAACAUUAAUGUGAAUUAAUAUACAA